UGAGCACGCUGCUCAAUCACUCCGCUGGCUGCCACGAGCUGCAAAGUGAAUUUCGACGGAAAACGUUAGGACCGAGCAGAGAUGGGCUCGUGCGGGAUGUCUGCGUUAUAACCGAACUGGUAACGGGAAUGCAUGAAUGACCUGCAGAAACAGUCUCUGAAUCCUCUUGGCCCUCGGUUGCAGGGCGGUGAGCAGCUACCAUGGCGUAUCCAAACACCAGCAUCCUGACAGCCAACCUCAGUGGAGCCUUGGACGGCCAUGACUCAGGAGGAAACAUCUACCGGCCCUUUUCUGUCUUCAGUGUCCUCACCCUGACUUUACUGGCAAUGCUGGUGGUGGCCACUUUUGUGUGGAACCUACUGGUGCUGGUGACCAUCCUAAGGGUGAGGACCUUCCACAGGGUGCCUCACAACCUCGUGGCUUCCAUGGCGAUCUCUGACGUGAUGGUGGCCGCCCUGGUCAUGCCGCUAAGCCUGGUGCACGAGUUAAAUGGGAGGUCGUGGAAACUUGGCCGGGUUCUGUGUCAGGUCUGGAUCUCUUUUGACGUGCUGUGCUGCACGGCAAGCAUCUGGAAUGUGACUGCCAUCGCGCUGGACCGCUAUUGGUCCAUCACUAGACACCUGCAGUAUACACUCAAGACGCGCAAAAAGAUCUCCAAUGUGAUGAUCGCACUCACAUGGCUGCUGUCCUCCAUCAUCUCCUUGUCACCCCUCUUCGGCUGGGGGGAGACAUACUCAGAAGGGACGAAGUGCCAAGUGAGCCAGGAGCCGUCCUACACCAUCUUCUCCACCUUUGGAGCGUUUUACCUGCCGCUCUGCGUGGUGCUGUUCGUCUACUGGAAGAUCUACAAAGCUGCCAAGUUUCGGAUAGGCUCACGCAAAACCAACACAAUAACGCCCAUGGCUGAGGUAAAGGAGGAAACACAGCAGCCGCAGAUGGUGUUUACUGUGCGUCACGCCACCGUGACCUUCCAGACAGAUGGUGACACGUGGCGUGAGCAGAAGGAGAAAAAGGCAGCGCUUAUGGUCGGCAUUCUGAUCGGCGUGUUCGUACUUUGCUGGAUCCCCUUCUUCAUCACCGAGCUCAUCGUCCCGCUGUGCUCCUGCGACAUCCCGCCUCUCUGGAAGAGCAUCUUCCUCUGGCUCGGCUACUCCAACUCCUUCUUUAACCCGCUCAUAUACACCGCCUUUAAUAAGAACUACAACAAUGCCCUGAGGAACCUCUUCUCCCGGCAGCGCUGAGCCACUCUGCACGCUCAGCAGACACACUACACCAGCACGCACUCCUCAGUGUUACCGCUCCAGGAAGGAAGGGACUAACCUGUCUGUUUUUAUCACUCCCAUCAUUCUCAGAAGGAUGAUAACCAGGAGCUUUGUCUUUAAAGCUCUCUCUAAAACUGUGUUAUUUCUAUUUAUGUUUUGUUUUUAUUAUCAUGCUAAGGUAACCUCACAGCUGGACUGAGAUGGCUGUCUGAGCAAGUGUUCCUACGAAGGAAUAAAUUAGCUGUUUUGUGGCAGCAGCAGAUAUAGUGAUGUCUACAUGUUGGCUUCUAUCAGGCUUGUUAGGGAGAAAGGCACGUAAACUCCCUUGUAAACAGUUUCAUCAUCAUAUGAGAGGCUGUGGGAAGCAUUUCAAAGUACAGCUGGAAGAGAUAAAUAAGGAAAGUCUUUAAGAACUGAACAAAAAACCUCAUUAAUCACAAUCCAAGAUCAAACUCUGGAUUAGUUGCAACACUAAGCAACAAAAUGCUGAACAAAAUAGAUAAAGCCAAGAACUUUGACAGUCUCAAAGGUUUUUCAGUCAAGUAAUAUAUUCAGCAACAUCUUCUACCCCAUGGCCGAAUCAGACUGCACAGUUUUUUUUCUUCUUUGUCUUUUUUAAUGAUGGCACACCAGAUAGACUGUUUCAUA